CCCGCGGUUGGCCCUGGGUUUGGUUCAGAGCGCAUAAAGGAGGCCCGACCAGCGGAGCUUAGAGGCACAACGCGACGCAUUGGAUCCCCCCGACCGGUCGGUCGGUCGGUCGGUCGGUCGGGCUGGCUUCGCGCGCGUCCCCCCUCCUCCGUUUCUUUCCCCGAGCGGGGAGGGGGGGAAAAGGCAGCGGCGGCGGCCGCCUCUUUUGUGGGAAGGAAAGCGGAGGAGGCAGGCGGAUCGAUCGGGGCAGAUUUGUUCCGAAGUGAACAGCUCCGGGAGGACUCGCCGGCCCCGGCAGUCAGGUAAAGAAGAUGUGAAGCAAAUCCCACGUCCCAAGACACCGAAGAAUGCUUGGCAAGCGCUGUCUUCUCCAGCCAUCUGUUGAGCCAGAAGAUGUCCAAUGGAGUUUUCCGUUCAUUUCAUGUAGGAUGGAUGGCUUUGUUGCCUUCUAGGGAAUGAAAACGAGCUGGACCAGAUCUGCAGAGAUGCCUGCAUGACCUACGAAUUUUAUCUUUUAUCAAGAGUUGAAGAAGGUCGGCUUUUCCCAGCUUGCAAACAGAUAUAAAACCUUCUACUCUGUCUCUCUUGUUCGUUAGAGGUUUGUGGCUCAACCGUGGACAAACGGAGAGUCCAUCUCUGUAACUGUUGAGAUCCUCGAGGUCUGGACAAUUUCGGGACUACAAUGGAAGAGAAUGUAUUCAGUGUCCAACAGAUUCAACCAAAUGUAAUCUCGGUGAAGCUCUUCAAACGGAAGGUGGGUGGCCUUGGGUUCCUGGUGAAGGAACGAGUCAACAAGCCCCCCGUGAUCAUCUCUGACUUGAUCCGAGGAGGGGCAGCAGAACAAAGUGGCCUUAUUCAGACAGGAGAUAUUAUCCUAGCGGUCAAUGGGAAGCCCCUGGUUGAUAUGAACUAUGAUGCGGCCUUAGGAGUCCUCAGAAGCAUCGCUUCAGAAACUUAUGUUGUUCUCAUCUUAAGAGGCCCAGAGGGCUUCACCACUCACCUAGAGACAACCUUUGCUGGAGACGGGACGCCAAAGACCAUCCGAGUCACCAGACCUCUGUGUGGGACGCCAACCGUAGGUGAUCAGGCAUCUGCUCUGAGCAUCCGCACCAAAGACAAGCAACAGGGGGAAGAACAUACCAUGGGGGGUUCCGUCAGCUCCCGGUGUGCCCGGGAGAAUGGGCAAGGGGAAGAAAAUCUGGUGCACAUCAACGGCAUGGUAGCCAGCAACGUGUCCAAGGACACUCUGAAAGGAAACCAGGAUAUUCCUGACCACUGCCUGAAUGGCAGUGUUGAGAACAGUGAACUGCUCAAGGAGAUUGAGCCUGUGCUGGAUCUUCUGAAGGGUGACAGCAAGGAACUCAACGGCAAUGCUGAAGCCAAGAUGGGAAUGAGAGAUGUCGAAGUCCAGGUGGAGAGUUUCUGCGAAACGGGUCGGAAGUCGCCAAGGACAUUGCCAACGCAGCUGGAGAACGUCAAUGACCAGUGGGGGGGAUCUGAAACGCACCCCAUGCCAACCAACAUGUCUUCAGACAAGGACCAGGUGACCCCUUGCAGUGAACAGGUUUGCAUGGGCUCCAUCAUGAUGCCUUCUCAGCAUGUCCGCAAACCUGAAGAAAUCCGGACAAAGGAUCAGCUCCUCCUCCUCGCCAAAGAAUUCAUUGACCAGUACUACUCCUCCAUCAAGAGGUCUGGCUCAAAAGCUCACAUGGAAAGGCUGGUGGAAGUCACCAAAGAGAUAGAAACUACGGACACUUACCAGUUGCGCGAUACGGAGUUGAUCUAUGGAGCCAAGCACGCAUGGCGCAAUGCCGCGCGUUGUGUGGGGAGGAUCCAGUGGUCCAAGCUGCAGGUUUUUGAUGCCCGGGACUGUACCACAGCCCAUGGGAUGUUCAACUACAUUUGCAACCAUAUCAAAUAUGCCACCAACAAAGGAAACCUGAGGUCUGCCAUCACCAUCUUCCCGCAGAGGACUGAUGGCAAACAUGACUUCCGAGUCUGGAACUCCCAACUCAUCCGUUAUGCUGGUUAUAAACAACCAGACGGUAGCAUCUUGGGUGACCCAGCCAGUGUGGAGCUGACUGAGAUUUGCAUACAGCAAGGCUGGAAAGCCCCCUUUGGCCGCUUCGACAUCCUACCGCUCCUUCUCCAGGCCAAUGGGAAUGAUCCUGAGCUUUUUGAGAUCCCAUCGGAGUUAGUGUUGGAAGUCCCCAUUCGACAUCCCAAAAUCGAGUGGUUUAAAGACCUUGGGCUUCAGUGGUAUGGCUUACCAGCUGUUUCGAACAUGCUGCUGGAGAUCGGAGGGCUGGAGUUCUCGGCAUGCCCCUUCAGCGGCUGGUACAUGGGGACCGAAAUUGGAGUUCGGGAUUACUGUGACAGCUCUCGUUACAACAUCCUAGAGGAAGUGGCUAAAAAGAUGAAUUUAGACAUGCGGAAAACUUCCUCCCUUUGGAAGGAUCAGGCACUAGUGGAAAUCAACAUCGCAGUCCUGUACAGUUUCCAGAGUGACAAAGUGACGAUCGUGGAUCAUCACUCAGCCACCGAGUCCUUCAUCAAACACAUGGAGAAUGAAUACCGUUGCCGAGGAGGCUGUCCAGCUGACUGGGUGUGGAUCGUCCCACCCAUGUCUGGAAGCAUCACCCCCGUCUUCCACCAGGAAAUGCUCAACUACAGACUGACACCGUCCUUCGAGUACCAGCCUGAUCCUUGGAACACACACAUCUGGAAAGGCGUCAACGGCACCCCCACCAAGAAGAGAGCAAUUGGCUUUAAAAAAUUAGCUAAAGCAGUCAAGUUCUCUGCGAAGCUGAUGGGACAAGCAAUGGCGAAGAGGGUCAAAGCAACCAUCCUCUACGCCACAGAAACAGGGAAAUCCCAGGUCUAUGCAAAAACUCUUUGUGAAAUCUUCAAGCAUGCCUUUGAUGCCAAGGUGAUGUCGAUGGACGAGUAUGACACCGUUCACCUGGAGCACGAAACCCUAGUUCUGGUGGUCACGAGCACCUUCGGCAACGGAGACCCUCCGGAGAAUGGAGAGAAAUUCGGGUGUGCCUUGAUGGAGAUGAAAAACCCAAACUCCAGCUUAGAAGAGAGCAGAAGCUACAAAGUGCGCUUCAACAGUGUCUCCUCAUAUUCGGACGUCCAGAAAUCCUCUACCGAUGGACCUGAAGCCAGGGACAACUUUGAGAGUGCUGGUCCUCUGGCCAAUGUCAGGUUCUCUGUCUUUGGGCUGGGCUCACGAGCUUACCCUCACUUCUGCGCCUUUGCCCGUGCUGUGGACACCCUCCUGCAAGAGCUGGGAGGGGAACGCAUCCUGAGGAUGGGUGAGGGGGAUGAACUGUGUGGUCAGGAGGAAUCCUUCAGAACAUGGGCCAAGAAAGUCUUCAAGGCAGCAUGUGAUGUGUUCUGUGUGGGAGACGACGUCAACAUCGAAAAAGCCAACAACUCUCUCAUCAGCAACGACCGCAGCUGGAAGAGAAGCAAGUUCCGGCUGACCUAUGUGGCGGAGGCUCCAGAGCUCACCCAAGGUUUAUACCGCAUCCACAAAAAACGAGUUUAUGCCGCUCGGCUGCUGGCCCGUCAGAAUCUCCAAAGCCUCAAAUCCAGCCGUUCCACCAUUUUCUUGCGGCUUCACACGAAUGGGCAGCAGGGGUUGCGUUACCUGCCAGGAGACCACCUUGGAGUAUUUCCAGGAAACCAUGAAGAUUUGGUCAACACCUUGAUUGAGAGACUGGAGGACGCCCCGCCCACCAACCAGCUAGUAAAAGUAGAACUUCUGGAAGAAAGAACUACGGCUUUAGGUACCAUCAGCAACUGGACCGACGAGGACCGCAUCCCUCCUUGCACCAUAUUCCAGGCGUUCAAAUAUUACCUGGACAUCACCACCCCUCCCACACCCAUCCUCCUGCAGCAAUUUGCCUUACUGGCCACCGACGAGAAGGAGAAGAAGCGCCUACAGGUUCUUAGCAUGGGUCUUCAGGAUUAUGAGGAAUGGAAGUGGUCGAAGAACCCCACCAUGGUAGAAGUGCUGCAAGAAUUCCCAUCUGUGCAGAUGCCUUCUACUCUCCUGCUAACCCAGCUCCCUUUGCUUCAACCCCGUUACUAUUCCAUUAGUUCCUCUCCAGAUAUGUACCAGGAUGAAGUCCACCUCACAGUAGCUGUGGUGUCCUAUCGCACCAGAGACGGGCAAGGUCCAAUACAUCAUGGAGUAUGUUCUUCCUGGUUCAAUCAGAUACAGGAGGAUGAAGUGGUGCCAUGCUUCGUUAGAGGGGCACCUGGAUUUCACAUGCCACAAGACCCCAAGCUUCCCUGCAUUCUGAUUGGCCCUGGGACUGGAAUCGCACCUUUCCGGAGUUUCUGGCAACAGAGGCUCUUUGAUCUCAAACAUAAAGGGCUGAAACCAUGCCCCAUGACACUGGUCUUUGGUUGCCGACAAUCCAAGAUCGAUCACAUCUACAAAGAAGAGACUUUGCUGGCCAAGAGCAGUGGGGUAUUCAAAGAGCUGUUCACAGCCUAUUCUCGUGAACCAGAAAAACCAAAGAAAUACGUGCAGGACAUCCUGCAGGAGCAGUUGGCGAGCUCGGUCUACAAAGCACUGAAGGAAAAGGGUGGUCAUGUCUACGUGUGCGGUGAUGUCACCAUGGCCGGAGACGUCCUCAAGACCAUCCAAAGUAUCGUUCGGGAACAAGGGAAGCUGUCAGCCGAGGAAGGCAUUGCGUUCAUUAGCAAACUGAGGGACGACAACCGAUACCAUGAAGACAUCUUUGGAGUCACCCUACGCACAUAUGAAGUGACCAACCGCCUCCGAUCCGAGUCCAUCGCGCAGAUUGAGGAAAGCAAAAAAGACACAGAUGAGGACACGACCGUUUGCUCUCCUGCGCGCCGUCCGGUUACUGUGUCCUGAAGGAAGCGUGGCUACUGGUGGACUGAUGGGUGAUAAAAAAAGGAACGGACGAUGGAAUUGAUUCUCGUUUCUCCUCUGCCCCCUCCCUCAUCCCAUCCUGUGGUCGUUUUUUUUCCUUUUUUUUUUCUUUUCUCCCCCCUCUCUGGGGCAACCCUGCUGAAGCGCACGAUGGCUUUCGAACAACCUUGCUGUGGCUUUUUUUUUCCCCUGCCAAAAAAAGAAAAAAAAAAGCACAGAUGCCGCCUUUCGUCCUUCCCUCUUCGCUGUGGGGCUGCAUGAAAUCCCUUCCCUUUAGCGAUCCACCCUCUGCGAGUCUGAGGUGUGGAGGGCCAAGUUUUCUCCGACUGGUGGUGCGCCCGACGCAGAAAGAUGGGUGGCUUUGCCCAAAAUACCUCUGCCGUUCCACUCAGCACGAUUGGCUUCAAAAAUCAUCCGCUCGCUUUCUCUUUUCUUUUCUCUUUCUCUCUCUUUUGUCUUUGGUGAACGGGUGGGGGGAAAGGGAGAUGGCCGAUGCCUGCUAUUUCUGUACCUCUGCUCAUGCUCAGCCUCUCCGCUGUUUCACACACAGCAUGCCGUGUUCUGUUCAAACUGUCUUAGUGUAGCUAUGUCCUUCGGGGCUCUCCUCCUCCUCUCCUCCUCCUCCUCCUCCUCUCCCAUCCCUAGCAAGUUUACAAAAACCCAGCGGUUACCAAGCCGGAAAGGUCUUUGAUCAAGAAGCAAUGGUUACCCCAGCUCUCCCUCCUUUCUUGGGAUUUACGAGGGAUGGAA